UAUACACAGAAACACAAUAGUUAUAUACAAUAUACUGUAGAGAUAAUCACCACAAAAAAUCAAAACUUGAUAAAAUAUGAUGAUUAAAUUUUUAAAUAUUUUUAUUAUAUUUUUGUUAUUUGCUAUAAACCUUAACCAAAUUUUGGCAAAUAUUGAACCUGAUAUUACUAAUACUACUGGAACUUACAUUAAAACGGAUAAAUCUGGAUGCCGAUGCACUCAGCCAUACGAGGGACAGUUAUGUGGCAAACGAGCCAAUCGUAAAUACAUUGCUAGCUUGGGUUGGAGUUAUGGACCGGUAAUGAUAGGCACACAAUGCAAACCGGAAACCUUAUACUACUGUCGUCCCGGGGCUGCAGAGGGCGAGUUGGCAGUCAUUCGUAAACAAUGUCGUGUUUGCAAUGCCUACUUAGAUAAUCCAGAUAUCGAUAGAUGUGCUAAAUAGACAACAAAAACAUUUAUUAAAGAUUAAAAUAUAAAAUUAUCUGCCUUUCCUUAUAAUAAGACUGUGCUUUAUUUAGAGUAUACUCAUCUAAUCUAAUCUAACCCUUAAUAUAAUCUCAUUCUGCAGUACAAAGUUAUUCAUUUAUAAUUUGUACACUUCUUGUACAAUAUUUUUAAUAAAAUAUUA